AUGGUAUCAUCGUUGAUGACCUUCCGGUCGACUACAAGGGAUCUCCAUAUGACCCUUAAUGCCAGAUAUUAUGCGGUCGAUGCAAACCGUGCUGUAACGAAGAAAAUACACACUCUUGCAAACGCGAGCGGGAGGAGUCCUAGACUGGACUUAUUGAUGGGCGGGAAAUCGCUGCAGCCACACAUACAUGACGGCGUGGUGUCGAUCGUUAACAAAGGGCGGACUACACGCUUUCAUAUCUUCGUUAAGAAUCACAAGUUUCUGCCUCGCAACAAAUCUCUUAGACGCUGGGGAAAUGCACGAUGGAGAGGGGAUGUCGUCGUGUUCCGCAAAGGUCUAAGUCUGGACCUCGUCAAUUUCACCAUACGGGAUGGGAAGUUGGCUGACCACGCAGUGAAGAGGUGA